AUGGCACAUCACUCUUGCUGUAGCAAGGAGAAGGUCAACAGAGGACUAUGGUCACCUGAAGAAGAUGAAAAACUCAUCAAAUACAUCACAACUUAUGGACAAGAUUGCUGCUGGAGUUCUGUCCCAAAACUUGCUGGUCUGCAGAGAUGUGGAAAAAGUUGUAGAUUAAGAUGGAUAAAUUAUCUAAGACCUGAUUUAAAACGUGGAAGUUUCUCUUAUGAAGAAGUAGCAAUCAUUAUAGAACUACACAGCAUUCUAGGCAAUAGAUGGGCACAAAUUGCCAAGUACUUGCCAGGAAGAACCGAUAAUGAGGUGAAAAACUUUUGGAAUUCAAGCAUAAAGAAAAAACUCCUUUCUGAUGAUAUUGUUCCAUCCUUCACCCCAUUUUAUGAUGAUAUUCACCUCUCCUACAGUGAUGGUUUUAAGGAAACUUUUUUUCCUUUAAAUGCAAACCCUAAUGUGAUGCUAAACUUCAAUCCUCACCAUCAAGAUCACCUAUACCUUUCAAACUCGUCUCCAAAUAUGCAAUGUUUUCACCAAACUGGUACAAUGGUAGACAUCAAUAACCAUUUCAAUGCCAGAUUCCUACCCAAUCAAAAUCCAAUUAUACCUGAAAUAGUACUACCAUCUAAUCCUUCCUCUUGUGAAGAUACAUGGUCAUUGGAUUGUGUAGCUCUUGAUCUCAAUCCAAGUCAAUUGGAAAAUCAAAUUUCAAAAAGUGGCACCACUCCAUUUAAUAUUGGUGACACAUCAAUCAACCAAAGUUCAUUAAUGCAGCAAUAUGAUCAAUAUCAUGAUCAUAACUUGGUUGAACAUGAAGCCAUUGUGCCUAAAUUACUCGAUGAUCAAAGCCUUGAAAAUUAUGCAUGUAGCAUCCUAGAUUAUUCAUCUGAUUCCAAGGAACAAGUGAUCCUAAACUCCAAUCAUCAUCAUCAAGAUCAGUUCUACCUUCCAACCUCAUCUCCAAAUCUACAAGGAAAUUUUUACCAAAUUGAUACAAAUGUAGACAUGAUCAAUAACCAUUAUAAUCCCAAUUUCCUUGACAUUGAGAAUCAAAUACCAUCUAAUCCUUUCCCUGAUGAAGAUACAUGGUCAUUAGAGUGUGUGGCUCUUCAUAUCAAUAGAAAUAAAGAAAAUCCAAGUGAUACUACCCAACAUCACAAUUUAGUCAACCCAAUUGCAUCAAUGGCACAACAAUAUGAUCAAUGUCAUGAUCAUCACUUGGUUGAAACUGAACCCAAUAUUUUGCCUCAAUUAGUCAAUGAUCAAAGCCUUGAGGACCAUGAUUGUUGCAUCCUAGAUUCAUUUGAUUCCAAGGAACAUGAAGCUCUUAGUAUUAUUUAUCCACAAGGUCAAAAUAUGGAAGCUAACCAAUUGGAUAAUUACAUUGAUGCCCUCAGGUUAUCAUUGCCAUCAUCAAGCAGCCAAACAGUUAAUUACAAUACAAACCCUAGUAUUCCUUUAGGAUGGCAGCCAUAG